AUGGCCAGGGCGUACCUCCAGGGCCAAGAGCAUGAGGGGGAGCCGGAGUCGGGUCCAGAGUGCCCCGAGCACCACCACCACGUCCCCUCCGCCGACAACGCCCUCACUUGCACACUUCUUUUCAGGGAACUUGAUCAUGCCAAUGUUAUUCGACUGAUCGACUCAUGCAGAAGGCCACCUUGCAUAAUAACAGAAUGGAUUUCUGGAGGGAACCUAUUUGAUUUCUUGCACAAAGAGCAUAAUGCCUUGGACCUUCCGAUGCUUGUGAAGUUUGCAUUAGAUGUAAGCAGAGGGAUGUCUUACUUGCAUCAGAACGGCAUCAUCCACGGAGAUUUGAAAUCUGCUAACCUUCUUCUAAUGGAUAAAAAUCACGUUUUAAAAGUGGCAAAUUUUGGUUUAGCUCGUUUCCAUGAUCAAGAGGGUGUUAUAAAAGAGGGUGUCAUAACGGCUGAAACUGCGACCUGUAGAUGGAUGGCGCCAGAGGUUAUAAAUAAUCAGGCCUACGGCACCAAAGCAGACGUGUAUAGUUUUGCUAUCGUGCUCUGGGAGCUUAUGACAUCAAAGAUUCCCUAUGAUACCAUGACCCCACUCCAGGCAGCUGCAGGUGUGAUAGAGGGUUUGCGCCCACAACUUCCAGCAAAAACACAUCCAGGGCUAGCGAACUUGAUGCAGAGAUGUUGGAACGCCAUUCCAUCUGCCCGCCCUUCCUUCUCAGAUAUAGUUACUGAAUUGGAGGGCAUUCAGGCACAUGCUCAGGGAACAUUGACAUCACGGGAGACCGGCCAGAAACAAGAGGAUCACUACCACAAGCCCUCGCAGUUGCUAUCAAAUGAAUCUCUCUCCGGUUCUGAGCACACAACAUUCUUCACUGGUACAUCUGAGAAUACGACAUUCUUCACUGCUACGACAGGGACCAUCGAACCAGAAAGACAAGGAUUACCUAGGCAGUGAUGAUUUUCACUAACCAGUAGAAAAAAACAUAAAUAAUGUUAAAAAUGUCAGAAAAAUGAACUGUGAACUCAUCAGGGACGAUGAAAAAUGUGGUCGAGUAUUUACAUUUUUCCUGUGUAUCAUAUUCAUAUUGUAUAUAUGGACAUGAUGCAGCAUGUGUAAUCAAAUCAUUUUAAAU